UGUGGUCGUCUGACUCUAAAAACGAUGUCCAGGACGCGCCCAGACAGGUGACAUGAGAAGCACGUGGGCUCCGUUGCAAGGACGUCACAGCUGUGGACUCAAAUAGCUCUUGGCCGCGUCCUGGGAUGGCUUUGCCUAACAGGUCUUCACUCCCUUGCAGGCGUGGUUUAUGCCCACCUAUUGGCUCUCGCUCUGUUCACAGGACACUCACGUGGAAUCUGCCUCCUCACUGUCUUCAGCCCCCUUACUUACGGCCGUGCCAGCCGCCCUGCUGCACAGCCAGAGGCCCUGAAGCUGCAGCUGUCGGGACCCUGACCCCCGGAGGACUGGCUGCCAGCGUGUACAGUAGCGCGCCGAGGGCUUUGGUGCCCGACUUGCAGGCAGCAGCAGAGGUGUCAUCAGCAAAGCAAAAGUGUUUUCAAGGAAUGAUCAAGAAAACAUCAAUAUAUAACCAUCCAUUAGUUCAUCGCUUAAUGGAUGCAGAAGCUCAAAAAGAGAACAGAGGAGGUGAUGACAAGAAAGUGGUCGCAGAGAUCAUGGCAAGAUGUUUUGUUCCAGCUUCUAUAACAGCCCCCUCCUGGGAGGGAUUCCACUUUGCUGGUCAGGAGAUCCGGAUCAGGGAGGCCAUGGAUUGUUACGGUGCUGUUGUUUGGCCAUCGGCCCUUGUUCUAUGCUAUUUUCUGGAAACAAAUGUAAAGCAAUAUAAUAUGGUCGACAAAAAUGUGAUUGAAAUUGGAGCCGGAACAGGACUGGUCUCCAUCGUGGCGAGCCUACUCGGGGCACAUGUGACUGCCACAGAUUUACCCGAGUUACUUGGAAACCUGCAAUAUAAUAUUUCCCGGAACACCAAAAUGAAAUGUAAGCACUUGCCUCAGGUUAAGGAGCUCUCCUGGGGCAUCGCCUUAGACAAGAACUUCCCCAGGUCUUCCAGCAACUUUGACUACAUCCUGGCGGCCGACGUGGUCUACGCGCACCCUUUCCUGGAAGAACUCCUCAUUACCUUUGACCAUCUGUGCAAAGAAACCACCGUCAUCCUCUGGGUCAUGAAAUUCAGGUUGGAGAAGGAAAAUAAAUUUGUAGAUAGAUUUAAGGAGUUGUUUGACCUGGAGGAGAUUUCCAGUUUCCCCAGCCUGAAUAUUAAGUUGUAUAAAGCUGUGAGGAAAAAUCGGAGGAAUGCAUGAUAUUCUCAAAGGAGGACUGGCAAAGCGAAGGCAAUUUCUAGCAGAUUAUUACUUGAACAAAGACCCUGGGUAAUCUGAUGUAGCACUGACUUUCCCAAGGGAACACACACACACACACACACACACACACAAUCACCCCAGACAGGGAUCUUCCCAGGUACAGCACGUGGAUCUGGAGGACGGCAAAGCCAUUCUGUGUGCUGAUUGGUUAGGACAAUGUCUGCUUUCCUUCUCUCUCUAGAGCACCAUUUGUAAUUAUCAUCAUUUUAAUAAUUGGUACACUUGAUUGAUAUUGUUAAUGCAUAACUGUAGAGUGAUGUUUUUUAAUCAUGACGUCUCUAAAAUAUUUUAAACAUAAGCUUAUGCAAUUCUCUCUUCAGAAAUAAAGAAAUGGGUUCUGCAAAUAAACCUGAAAAGACAGACAUGGAACGUGA